GAGCUACUGAACGGACUCGUGCUGACCUGAGUUCCUGUAAUUCCACCAAAUGUCCAAGGGUAACGAGCAUAUAAACAAGCGACUUUACUCUCAACAUGGUAUCAAUCAACACUCUUUCACCAACUCAGCAGCGCAAGCAGGACUUUACCGGCUGUACACUCACUUAUCUUUGCUUUCUGUUACCGUAAACUAACAUAAAAUACCUUUGCGCCACAUACAUUUACUCACUCUUUCCAAACUUCUCAACAUGUCAACCUAUAUCUUGGUUAUCACACUUGGACUCUUCACUAGCAAUGCCUUAGCAGGCUGCAUUCCUUCCAAGCUGGCACCCUGUGAGGUCGGCGUGCAAUGGCUGAAUAAAUGCCCCAAAGGAAUUCCCAAGAAAUGGGCAUGUCUGGAUCCCAAGAUUGAUUUCCCAACCGUUGAUUGCAUUGCGGCGGACAUUGAAGCCUGCGGGACCCUAGCAGCGAACCCAGCUCUCUUCUACUCGUUCGGCGCCACCACUAUCGAAGUGCGUACGAAGAUCCGCGACACGCUGACCCCCCGCCCCGUAAUGUUCAAUGACGCGCUGCCGAAAGACUGGGACAAUAAGAUCAGUGCAGAGCCCCGCUUCGGCCUCACCCAAGGCAAGAUAGCAGACCCAGGAUUCCAGAAGCGAUACGAUGCAUACGUGAAUCGCUUCUCAGCGGCCAUGGCAAAAGCGGCAAAGGGGGAAGUCAUAAUCGUGACCCAGACGCGAACCUCACGCAACCAAGGCGAAGGCGCAUACUCAAAACCGGAUCCGCAGACGCCCGCAGAGAACAGAUGGCGCGUGUACGAGUUCCCGAUCGCGCAGCGAAAUCCGAAGGUGACGAGCGUGGUCAGCUACGCACUCCAAGAGAACCCCCUUAAGAAGGUCGUCGACUUCCAGCCUAAUGGCGCAAAGGGAGAGCUUUUGCCAAUGCCUUCCUUCCCAAACCCUCCCAAGCCAGUUUCCCCUCAGCAGCCUGCUACACCCCCUGCUUCUACCCCGACCCCUCGACCUGCCACUCCCGGCUCCCCGAAGCCUAGACCCAGCACCCCCAAACCCGCUCCGGUUUCCCCAAAGCCCAAGCCCAGCCCUCCCAAGCCCGCUCCUGCGCCCCCCAAGAAGCCUGUUAAGAAGCCUACACGCAAGACACGCGCGGCUCGGCGCGCAGAGAUGCUGAGGGAUUCGCGAAUGUGAGGGCUGCGCUACAGUAUCACAAGGGAAACAAUGCUCGAGCUCACGUCUGAUGUUUUCCGGGAUUCAGGUAUGCCAACACCACCAAUAUCAUAUGCAACGAAGAUGGAAAAUGAGGGAUGGAAGACGGAGGAUGUAGUUAAAGUCGUGCACGCGUCGAUACGUUGCAGUUUCAGUU